ACUAAAUUCACAAACACACACACACGCAAUUAGCACACAAAAACACACUUAUCGCACGCAUGCAGAGACACACACAAGCACACGCUGAUUAUAGCGCAGCAAAGAGGGCCCUCCUGCCCCUAGCGAGGUUCCUGCAAGUGGCUGAUGUAACCGUUAACGGUGGCGGCGGUUGGAGGAGCCUUUUUUUGGCAGGAAGGCGACGGGGCCCGCCGAUGUUUGCGGAGGUUCCACCUGUCGUAUCAGAUUAAUGCGCUCUCGCGUUCAGCCCGCCGACCGCCACGGUGAGGGGGGAGAGACGGGGCUGUGUCUUUUGAAGUGAUGGGAUUAGAGGUGGUGUGUUGUGAGGGUCUCCGUGCGGGGGAUUACAGCACCCCGGGUGCUGCUAAACAAGCACUUUGCCAUGAUAUGCGGCAUGUUAAAAACACACGUACACACACACACACACACACACACACACACACACACACACAUGUGCACACAAGCCUCAUGGGUGCUCCUAUGUACCGGGGAUAGACACGCUGGGGGUUUUAAGAAAGCAAAUGGAUUGUUGUCUUGCGACGCAACUUCUGCUUAAUUAAUGAUUAAUAGUCGGGCUCUGGUGAUGCAGACGAACCAGGGGCUGUUGAAGUGUUGAAAAUGAUCCGUUUACAUAAUAGACCUUAAAUAUGGCUGUUUUACAAAGCAAAUGAAUAGCGUAAUGCUGUGGGAUGAUAAUGUACAAGACAUUGAUGCAUUUCAUGUUGAAUACUCCAUGCAACACCGUGCCUUUCAUUGCUGCAUUAAACAGUGGCACAAGACAUUGGGUUCAAGCAGGAGGGAUGUCGGCCGGCGGCGAGGAGCGGGCCGGGGGGGGGGAGGACGAGGGGGACCCGGAGGGCGUGGCGCUGGCGGGGGGCGUGGCGGCGGCCGGGGGGUCGGCGGCGCCCGUCUACGUGUACGAGUCCAAGGUGCACUGCGCCAACGUGCUGCUGAGCCUGGAGGAGCAGCGGCGGCGCGGCAUCCUGUGCGACGUGACGGUGGUGGUGGAGGGCCGCGUGGAGAUCCGGGCGCACCGCGCCGUGCUGGCCGCCAGCAGCCGCUACUUCCUGCAGGCGCUGCUGGGCCGCGCCGGAGAGGCCGAGCCCAUCAUCAGCCUCCCCGAGAAGGUUACGGCUAAGGGCUUCGGUCCGCUGCUCCAGUUCGCCUACACGGCCAAGCUGGUGCUGAGCCGCGAGAACAUCGGCGAGGUUAUCCGCUGCGCCGAGGUGCUCGGCGUGCACAACCUGGAGGACUCCUGCUUCCGCUUCCUGCAGGCCCAGCUGCAGAACGACGGCGAGCAGCACAUCACCAACGGCCGAGCGGCGUACGACAGCGACGGCAACGGAGAGCCCGACGAAGACGACGACGACGACGGCGAUGUCGUCGCGACCGAAGAGCACUUCCUUUCCAAGGCCCCGGGGGUGAGGUCGACGGACGUCGCCGAGGAGACCGUUGAGUGGCAGCGCGAGCAGGGCCACGCCGCCAUCGACCUGCCGCGCUGCGCCAAAUACAGGAAGUACCAGUACCAGGACCCGCAGCAUCAGAACGGAGACGGCCAUCACGGCGACGCCGAUGGGGACCUAGUCAACCAUACCUCAGUGGGCUCUCGGAGCCCCAGGCCCUCUGACAACGGCACAGCUGCCCCUCCUCCUCCCCCCACUCCUCCUCCCCAUUCACAGGGGCACCUCCUCACCCCCUCCAGGAUCAAAGAGGAGCCCUUUGUGUUUGAGGGGGAGGGGGAGGGGGGCGGCAGUAGCUGCCCUCCGGAGUCCUGCGCUGAGGAGGAGGUGCUGGAGAUGGAGCUGGAGGUGGAGGGGGGCCCCGUGGCCUCGGAUCUGUCCCCCGGCGACAGCGGCAGUCUGCCCAGCUCCUGCCUGCGCUCCUACCUCCAGAGGGGAGGCCUGGAUCUCACGGGCGUUCCCAGCACAACCAUCCAGCAGCUGCUCUCCAGCAGACUGUCCCUGGAUCACUACCGGGAGCUCGCCCGGGAACGGGAGCGCGACAGGGAGUCGGCCCCCCAGAGCCACUGCCGCAGCGGGGACCUGAAGGUGACCUCGCUGGAGCCCGCCAACGGCUCCAAGGCCGAGGUGGAGCUGGACCGCCGUAGCGUCAUCUUCUCCUCGGCCGACGGCGAGCGUCUGGGAAGGCCAGGCCCCCACGCCUACUCCUCCUCGUCCGAGCGGAAGUUCACGGAGAAGGAGCUGCCGCCCGACCCCCCGAAGGCGCCGUGCGUCCCUUCCACCAAGCACUUCCCCUCGGCGCUCCUGUCCUCCUCUUCCUCCCCGUUCGGGGACCAGGCCUCCUCGGUCGCCCGGCCGCGCCCCGCCUCCACCGCCGCCCCGACCACCGCCGCCCCCACCAGCUGCCCCAUCGCCGUCCCGGUCCGGAUGGCCACCCGCUCGCCCUCCCACCCGGCCGCCGAGCCCCGGACACGCACCUCCAGCUCCUGCUCCUCCUUCUCCUACCUGGAGGACGGGGGCAGCGGGGGCUCCCCGUCCAGCCUGCCGCAGUACGACUUCUCCUCGUCCUCGCCGCGCUCGCGCUCGCGCUCGGGCUCGGGCUCGGUGUCGGGGCUGGCCCGCUGCCUGGCCGGGGGCGGCGAGGAGCAGGGCAACCACGCCGCCGAUGCCGUCUUCACUCAGGGUCGCGCCAAGAUCAAGCGCGAGCACAGCGGCUACGGGCCCAACGGGACCAACUCCAGCGACGAGUCGGGAUCCUUCUCCGAGGGCGACAGCGAGUGCGGCGUGCCCAGAGAGCCGGGGCCUGAGGUGAAGCUUCCCUUCCCGGUGGACCAGAUCACCAACCUGCCCCGCAACGACUUCCAGAUCCUGGUCAAGAUGCACAAGCUGAGCUCGGAGCAGCUGGAGUUCAUCCACGACGUGCGACGGCGCAGCAAGAACCGCAUCGCCGCCCAGCGCUGCCGCAAGAGGAAGCUCGACUGCAUCCAGAACCUGGAGGUGGAGAUCCGCAAGCUGGUCAAUGAGAAGGAGAAGCUACUGAGCGAGCGCAACCAGCUCAAGGUGUGCAUGGCCGACCUCUGGCAGAACCUCUCCUACCUCUCCCAGGAGGUGUGUCGGGACACCCAGGGCAGCCCAGACCAGGCCCACGACGACCCCGCCCUGGACUCCGCCUCCGCCGCGGGGGCUCUGUCGCGGGCCGCUUGGGCCAGCGCGGCCCCCACCAGCAUCGACCUCACAUCCAACCCCGGGUCGCCUUCCUCCGAAGCAGGUGGAAGGGGAGGAGGAGGGGGAGGAGGGGGAGGAGGAGGAGGGGGGGGGAAAGCAAGAAGAGGAGGGAGGAAGUCAAACGUGGCGGCGAGUGUGGAUCGGGCGCCGCUGGACGAGGAGCGACGGGGGCCCGGGAUGCAGGGGUACAGCUUGGGGCGGGAGGAGCGGGGGCCUCCUGCUGUCUCUCCUCCGCCCCCUUGUCCUCCCCCUUCAUCGCAGGAGGGCGGCUCCAGCGGGGAUGUAUGUAGCGCCACCGUGACGGUAGACUUCUGUCAGGAGAUGACGGAGAAGUGCACAACAGCCGAGCAGCAGGCACACAGUUGUGCUUAAAGAAAAAAGAAAUGGCCGCUGGCUAUCUACUUCUUAUUAUUUUCUCUUUGUUCUUUUACGUGUUUUCGAGUCUUUGAAUCUUUUACAUGUCUCUCUACCUUGAUAUUUGAAGUCCAAUUUGUAGUUGGUGUUAUUUUUGUUUUUUUGUAAUGAACAACACUAGAGUUGUCUUAUCAGCAAUACUGGUCACCAGGUAUCUCUUUUGGACUGGUUACAAUACCAUUACCACGGGCAGCUUUUUCUCUCUCGGGCCCUGUCCACAUGUUUGCAUCUUAUUUUGAAAAUACAAAACUCCAGUUCCUUCUAAUUUUUUAGAAAAUCUCUGCCCAAACGAGAAAGCAAAAGUGAUAGAAAAUGCGCAUAUUGGCCAGGCCAAUAGGUGGCGACUUUGUAUCCAAUAUAUAAGGUAAAUACCAAUUGAACAAGGACGCUCUGUGCAGAUGGUUUACUGCCAAAGCAAAUUGAGGUCAUGAUGUCACCGUUUAAAAAAGAAAUCGGUUUCACAUUGCAACUUUCAGCGGAAGACAGGCCAAAACAAAUAGCCAAUACUAUGUUUUCAGAAAUAUAAGUAGGUAAAAUAAGUAUGUUUUCAGAAAUAUAAGUAUAAUAAGUAAUAAGUACACUUGUGGAUGGGGCCUCACUCCUUCUCUCUCUUGCUGUCACUCUUCUUCUCUUUCUUUCUAUCUCGGCUCCCCACUUCUCUUUCGUGCGCCAGGGGAGGUUAAACUCAGGAAUUACUCAGAAUGUUCAGUAAUGUCUCCCUGCUAAUAUGUACACACAUUUUUACUUUAGAGUCCUGUCAUAACUUGUAACCACUAAGAACCACCAUAGUGUGGCUGUAAGUACUUAUUUACUUACGUACAGGAAAUAUUUUCCAGUGGCAUUAACAGGGUCUGUUUUAACCUAUGGUUCAAACACAACCCACUCCGGUUAUUUGCUUAAGAAAUGAAAUGACACACGUUUUGAAAUGAUGUCAGAACUGACACAGAUAUCAACAAUCAACAUUUAAGGAGUGAAACAGGACUUUAAAGUGAAAUGUUACCAAAGGUAUGAAUUUGUAAAAUUUGUACAUUUUAAUGAACUGGGUGGAAUGAGCUGUCAUUAUGCAAAGGUUUCAAAUUUUACUUUCUUCGGACUUCAAGUUCACAAUCGCCGCACUGAAGUGGACUUUUCUGCAUACCCUAUCUCCCCUUACAUUUAACUUCCCCAUAUCAGAGCGAUACAGUGAGGACACAUGUGUGCUACACAAGGAAAUGUUUCAAAUAAUUGGCAAAACACAAAGUAGGAGCACUAUCUGAGCACCUCCAAGAGGCCACGUUUAGCGUUCAAAAGCAGAGGAUCGAGGAAUGACCCCGGCACUUACAGGCGGACCUCAACAGAGAAACUUAAUCAGACCGUUUGUUUGAGCCAGUAAUUUAUUGUCUAUUGAAUCUAUGAGUGAGUUGUCCCUCCGUUUGGCUCUGGGAUCCACUGUUGAUGUUGUGUUGUACAUAGAAGUCAAAUUACCCCUACGGAAUAAGCAUUUGGUAUAUUUAUGUAGGACGUUUGCGCAAUUGAAAAUGUUUUACAUUUUCGUUUUUUUUGUUGUGGUUUUUUGAAUUCACGCAAAAUAUCAGAUCAUUCUCUUUUCAGCUUUCGAUUAAGUGCAUCUAAUGGUGCAUACUUACAAAUUACAAGCUUCAAGAAAACAAAAAGGAGACUAUAUCAUUGCAUUAUUGGUUGAGGGAGAUGCCAAAUUAUUUAGCUGUUAAGUCAAUUCCGAAGCACGUGGCAGGGUAGGCAAUGACAUGGAAAAUGUUGGCUGGACGUGUGUGUGUGGGGGGGGGGGGGGUUUGGCCCUGUACAUUUUUGCAUUUUACAACACCAUGGAGGGUUUUAGGAUCAGAACCUGUUUUAACAAAAGUCUAGAUCUAAAUUGUGAAUCUCCAAUGUUGUUCGGGGUCCCCUUUUUGGACCUUGAGGUUUUGGGGCCGUCCUCUGUAGAUUGGAUAUACGAUUGUGUUAUGGAUUAAAAGUAUACCCAUGGUAAAGACGUGACCAAUAGGUUAUUACAAAGACGGACCCAAAGUCAUGAAAUAAUCAACCAUUCCAGAGCAUGACAGUAAGGUUUAACUGAAGAUGAAACUAGCCACCACAAAUAAUCCAGAGAUUGUCAAAAAAAUAAAUCUAAACACGGACCGACCCUUAAGAAAACACUGAAGAACAGCUGAUGUUAGAUAGGCGAUGAUUCAUGUGAACAUGCUAAUUUAUUUAUUUGUACUUUGUUGUUUUUCAAAGGGGGGUUGUGUGUGGGGGGGAGGGUGGUAGUGUAAGGAAUAGGGUGGGAUGCGGGUGGUUUGGGGAUCUGGUAGAUACUAAAAUAUAGGCCACUACCUAUUUCCUAGCAUUGAUUCUGUGUUCGGUAAUGGUUGUUUUAAAAAAAACUUUUUAUUGUGUUUAAUCAUGGUUAUCUGCGACUAUUCGAAAGACGGAUGAGAUUAUGUCUUUGAUAUAUUAUGACUCACAAAUGUCCUUGUUAACUAAGUUAUACUUAGAGGGAUGAGAGUAUGUUUACAACAGUUGUUUUUUCUGCUUAUGCAUCUCAAGGCCAGCCCCUGAGAUGCAUUUUUAAUAGGAAAAUUACAGUUAAUUAGAUGAAUAUGUUGAAAUUAGAAUCAACCGACAAGUGCAGCUCAAACUUUUGCCUUAGCUGUUUUUGAACCCAAACUCAGAAAGCGGAAGAUUGCAUUCAAACAAAACUGUUAAAUAAUGCAAUGGCAACAAAAAAGCUAAAUAUCACAAGGGUACCCAUCCCUUUCAACAUCUAAGGAAGUCAGAAAACACAGUUGAUGGUCAAAUCUUUAGCUGAAAAGAGAAAUGUUUUAAUGUGUGUCCAAAAGAAAUUGAGAAAUUCUAAGUGAAUUUCAACCAAAUCCUCAUCUGCACAUUACAACUACAAUUUGCGUAACAAGAAGGCCUUGUUUGAAACUUCUAAUUUGACAGUUAGAAAAGGUUUUAUAAUGUGUUACAUUUGCUGGGUAUUGCCAAUUUGGCUGCUAAGGGUCUAUAAGUUAACUAUUGUUAAUGAAAGCAAUAACUUACUCAAUGAUUCAGGCUUGUUAAAAUAAUCAACGUUUUGAAUUAUACGUCAUGAAUUUAUAACAGCAUAGCACUAAAGCCUAAACUUGAUUAUUGGACGUGAUUAUUGUGACUACUUGUGUUGGAAGGGGGUACUCCAGAGGAUAGGAAGUGCAGCUUUGCUUGAAUCCUAGGUUGUGUUUUCUCAGACCUCAUCAAAACAGACUGGACUCCUUGACACUUAUCUACCUGGACAAUUCAGCAUACCUCUUCUUUUAGGUAAGGACUGUAACCAUAGAUAUGUAGGCAGUUUACCUUUUUUUUUUUUUUUCAUAACUUUUUACAGUGGUUAUAUCAUUGUAUUUGUAGAUUUUGGUGAGACAUUUUUUUACGUGUAUUUACAACAUGACUGUUACUAGCAGAAACAACCUCAUCUAGCCCUCUCCCAUUUUUUCUUAUUGAUGAAUGUUGAACUUUUGAAAUUUGCCUGUUCUUUUUUUGUUCUUUUGUAAAUAUUGUGUAACAUGUCGUGUUUUGAUUAUUUGAUAUGCAAAUGUUUUGAACGAAAAACAGCUCUUUUGUCUAGGCAUUUUGUGUUCAGAAUAAAACAAAAAGCAUGAGACAAUUUCAAA